GCAGAAACAUCCCAUGCAACCGGGACCGGGGGUUCGAUCCCCUCCUCCCCUCCCCCCAUGCACCAGUGGGUCAAAGUCAGAGCAGGGAUGUCUGACUCACUUCUGCUCUCUGGAGCUCCUCUCUCACGUCACUGACGUCUGCAAUCACGUGUGUGUGUCUCUUCCCCUCUGCACGGUCCGUCGUGUGCGUUCCUCCCCUCGGCCAGCCUGGAGAGACACUGGGAAUAAACCAUCACCACCAUCACCACCACCAUAAUAAAGAAAGGGGGGUGCUCCAGUGCCACGUGUGGAGGUGGAGGUGUGGAGGUCCUGUGGAGGAGGAGGUCCUGUGGUGGAGGUGGUCCUGUGGGUGCAGGUCCUGUGGGGGUCCUUACACCUCCAAGUUCUCAUCAGUGGAUCUGCAUCAUUGUAACUUUGUGCGCAUCAGCCGGAGGAGGUUCUGAGGCGAGAACUACAAGUGGACCUUCGGACAUGUCUCGCCGUCCUCCUCCUCCUCCCCCCACGUCUGGUCUAUAGUCGGCCACAAACGACCCUCACUCCCACCCGCACCUCGUUCCCAGUCAUUCCACCAAACCCUCUCCCACACCCUGCGGUCCCACCAUGGCCAGCAAGAGGAAGUCCACGACUCCUUGUAUGAUCCCCAGCAAGAUCAUACGGCCAGUAGAGGAGGUCGAGCGGGACUCACCGGGUCUCCCCCGUCAAUCCAGGAUCUCCGGAGCGGGAAGGCAAAGCCCGCUGGACUCUGGAGAGUCCUCCAAACUCGAGGCGGGUGACGCGGUCAAAGACGGCGGCGGCAUUUACACCUGCAAGCCUUGUAACUUUGAAACCCACGACCUUAACUUGUUCUUGGACCACGUGUACUCGGGGCACCCGGACUUCCGCGCGGACCCCGGCUUCUUUUGCCUGAGCUGCGGGGUUUCCGCGCCCAAGUUCGAGGGGCUGGCGCUGCACAACGCCCGGGUUCACCCCAGCACGUUGACCACGACCCUGCAGCUGAGGAGGCGGGACAGGAGAGCGGUGGUGGAGCAGAGUCUGCUGGCGGGCGGAGAGACGGGGAAGGACAGCGAGAUCUCCAUCACCAAAACCCCCAUCAUGAGGAUGCUGAAGGGCAAGUCGGAGUCUAAGCGGAUCGUGGUGUCUCACCCGGUCUCAGACGAGCCGGCGGCGGACCACCACUCUAUAUCUGCGUCCAGAGAGACUGAGAGGAAAGAGGCGCCGGCGGUGACGGUCACCCACGUUCCCACGAUCGUCCACAACGGAGCAACCAAGGUCACUCUGCCCUCGGCGAUCCAGAUAGUCAACGGCUCCGGAGCGUUACCGAUGCUCAAGACUCCCAUCACACAGGUGGUCUCUGUGGUUCAAAGCAGAAGCAUUCAUCAAUCUACACCGAUCACAGUCUCCUCAAAUAUCUCCUCCACUUCGUAUUCAACCUCCAAAAAUCUCCCCAAGGUGAUGAUUCCUCUAAGCAGCAUCCCUACCUACAGUGCCUCCAUGGACUCCUCUUCCUUCUUGAAGACCUCCUUCAGUAAGUUCCCGUACCCGACCAAGGCGGAGCUCUGCUACCUGACCGUGGUCACCAAGUUCCCCGAGGAGCAGAUCAAGAUCUGGUUCACGGCCCAGAGACUCAAGCAAGGCAUCAGCUGGUCCCCCGAGGAGAUCGAGGAGGCCAGGAGGAAGAUGUUCAACACCAUCAUCCAGACGGGACCCUCGAGCCACCAGAGCCAGAACCAUGGUCACCACACGGCCCAGCACACGAUCACGGUUCUACCCGCCUCGCUGGGGGCCGCCGGGAUCCCUCACAUCCUACAGGGCUCCCUAGUCAGCCAGGGAGGGGUGAUCGUCACGCAGCCCAUGAUGGCGAACGGGAUCCAGGUCAGCAGCGCCCCCGUGGCUCUGGCCGUCACGCCGAAGCCCCAGGCGGCGGCCCGCCCCACGAUGCAGGCCCGACCGGCCGCGGCGCUGGUGGCGGACAGAGGCGUCGGCAUGGUUGUAGGGACGGUGGGCAGCGGCAGCAGCACCGGGAGUCACGUCAUCAGUAACAGCGGCAGUCGCAGCGGGAGACAAGGCUCCAUCAUUACGAGCAGCCACGCGAGCGUCAUCAACCUCAGUCUAGGGAGCGCCAAUCCGUGCAACGCCAAGGUCAGCAACGGGAAGCACGGCGGCGGCAACGCAGACUGCAACAACAAGAGCAAUAGCAACGUCACUGCUAAGAACAGUGAUGUCAGGAGAGCAAACAGCACCAGUAGCGUCGUGAAGAGCGACAACAAAGGGGCGGCGGAGAGUAAAAACACUGCGGACGGUAAAUCGAGUAAAACGGUCGGCGACGGUCAGAAGAGGAAUAACGACCACAAGAAGAGCACAACCAGUUCAGAGGACGUGGAGCCCGACACCGGCGACUCCCCCGCCGGCAAAACGGACGAGGCGUCCUCCCCGGCCUCCAAGUCUUCUCCCGUCCCCGCGGCGCCUCCGAGCGGUACGUCCGGCUCUCAGACGCCCGUCACCGCGUUCCUGGACCCGAGCUUCUACAAGGGCAAGAAGUCUCAGGAGCAGCUCAACGCGCUGAAGGACAGCUUCCUGGUCAGCCAGUUCCCGGACCAGGAGGAGGUGGACCGCCUCAUCGCGAUGACGGGGCUCACGGUGCGGGAGGUCCGCAAGUGGUUCAGCGACCGCCGCUACCACUUCCGCAACCUCAAAGGCGUGCGCUCCAGCACAGGCGGGCAGGGGAAGUCUGGAGCAACGGGAGCAGGCGGCGGGUCGGGGGGCAGCGCCAACGCCGUCGACCUGUCCGAGAGUGGCGGCAACUCGGGUGCGAAGACGCCGCAGCAUGGCUCGGCGCCGCUGAGCCCGACGUCGUCACAGACUCCCACCUCUCCCACCACGCCCUCCCGCAGACUCCCCCGACCCCCUUCUCCGGAUUUCACAGCGAUCCGCUACAAGGAGAGAGAACCGCAUCAGCUCAAGGCACUAGAGGCCAGUUUUGUCCAGGACCCGGACCCAGCCGGAGAGGAAGUGGACCGACUGCGAUCGGAGACCAAGAUGACCAGAAGGGAGAUCCACGGCUGGUUCGCCGACCGGAGGAAGAGAGUGGCCGCCGAGAAAAAGAGGGAGGAGGCGGAGCGGGCGAUGAGAGCGGAGGUGGAGGAGCCGGAGGUCGACGGGGAGGAGAAGCAGAAGGAGGACGGUUCAGGGGAACUGAAGGUCAACCCCAUAAAGAUCAACCUGAAGAUGCUCAAGGUGACGGAGGCCAACGGGAAGGCGGAUGGCGAGGUCUCGGAGGGCCUGCUCCAGUCCGGCGGCACGCCAACAUCCUCCCCGUCCUCCACCCCUAAACCGCCCCACUCCUCCACCUCCACCCCAACGCCCAGACCGUCCCACUCCCCGAAACCCACCGCGGCCGUCCGGGGGAAGAAGACGGCGGAGCAGCUGCAGACGCUCAAACAGGUCUACGCCCGAACGCAGUGGCCCAGCGCCGCCCAGUACGACGACAUGAUCGCCGCCACCGGACUGGCCCGGCCCGAGGUGGUGCGCUGGUUCGGGGACUGUCGCUACGUGCAGAAGAACGGGCAGCUGAAGUGGCUGGAGGCGUACCAGACGGCGGCGCUGGAGGAGGACCUGCAGAAGGGGAACAGGGUUCUCCAGGACCACUACGACGCCCACGGAGGCCUGGCGGAGUCGCAGUUGCAGGAUUUGGCUCAGAGCUGCGGUUUAACAGCCGACUUGGUUCGACAUUGGUUCUCCACCAAGGCGUCUCUGCCCCGACCGGAACAAACUGCUGCUGCUGCUCCAGAGACAGAACCGAGACCAACGGACGCAGGAACUGAGCCACAAAGUGCAGCAGGAGGGACGGAGGAGCAGGUGGAGAACACGAAGGAGAACGUCAAGGAGAACGUAAAGGAGAACGUGAAGGAGAACACAAAGGAGAACGUGAAGGAGAACACAAAGGAGGAGGUGAAGGAGAACACAAAGGAGAACGCGAAGGAGGAGGUGAAGGAGGAGGUGAAGGAGGAGGUGAAGGUGAAGGAGAAGGUGUGCGGCGUCGUAACAGAAGCUGAGGAGGCCGACGACACUGACAAGACUGUGAAUCCCACUGAAGGAAGCGACUGAAGAGGCCUUUUUUGUUUUUGUCCGAGGAAGAAGACUCUUCAGUGUCUGGGGUUUUGAGGAAAAAAAGACGGCAGAUGUGGUUGUAACCGGAUCACUGGACGGAAACGGACCUUGAAACCAUCCUCACCCAUCUCCCUCUCUCCCUCUCACCCCUAGAGGUAGGCAUGACCUCCCCCCCACUACGUGAGAUGGACACUAAAGCCACUAGUCUCCCCCUCCCUUCCUUACACACCCAAUCCCUCCACCCCUUCUCCAGCGUCCUCCUAGCCGCCAUUUUCCCCCUCAGAAGGAAGUUCCAGUGGAGGCUGAGGAGCUGGAGGGAGGGAGGGAGGGAGGGAGAGAGAGGGUGACACCAUUUCUUCUGCUGCGUUUGUUCCGCCGUGACGGGAGAGAGAGGAAGGAGGAAGAGGAGGAGGAGUGGGGGAAAAAAGGGAGAUGUUUUUUCUUUUUGGGAAUGUUGCGAUAAAUCAACCCUCGAUGAAGACCGACGGGGCGUCGACAGUUUUUUGUUUUUUUGGGGUACUGAAAAAAUAAAACUGCACAGCACUUUUCUUCAGGGUGCUUGCCUUUAAAGGCCUUAAAGUAAAUCAAACGACUCUUCUUGUGCCAUCUUCGUACUCCCUUUUUUUCCCUCCCACCACCAACGUGCACUCAAACACUUUGACUUCAUGCUUGCAGCUUACUUUACAAACGUGCUCGGCUGAAAACGCAGCACUCACGUUCAUCCGAUUCUCUUUCUACUCACUUUUUCAUUUCUUAUCUGUAUAUAUUUUGGUUAAAUACGUUUCGGGGGGGAUAAACGUCUGGAAUCCUGUCAUCCAAAGAGGGCAAGCACCCUGUUGUGUUUAAAAGACAAAAAAAAGAAGAAGAAGAAACGGCGACACACUAUAGUAGACUACAUGGAACCUGGUUGUGUGUUUGUAGCAUCAAAGUGCUUCUUUGCGUCACUGACGUGUACGUGCGUUUUGUUUUUACGGAACUUUUCCUAUGAAAUACAUUUUUGACUGUAGAAGAACUGUGAACUUUCACCAGAGUUCCACACUUAGGCUCGAUGUAUAAUUUUUACAGAUGUUAUUUGCAGAAUAAAAACAGAAUGU